CUGUUAGCUGUCACCAUGCACAACAUCGAGAGCGAGCAUUCAGCCCUGCAAUUGCCCAAGCCCCCGGGAUAACUACAUAUCUGCACCAACCCCCACAGGCCACAGGCCACGCCUCACUAUCCCGGGGCCCAAUCGCCAAUCGCCGUGCGUAUCUCACCCCGGCUGCCUACAGGCGACGGUUACACGAACGUAGGCCCACCACCGUUCGUACAUCACCAACCCCAUCCCACCACCUCAAUGCCUCCCUCCCCACUCCCCACUCCACCACGAUGCGCAUCCGCCGCCUCCACCGCCUCCGCCACUCUUCCCCAACAUCAACCCCAACAGCGGUAAUAAUCCUCGUCCCCUCCUCACCACGGCAGAUCCUUCUGGCCUCAUCCCCGUUGCACCCACAGUCGGGCGCGCACAACCCACUGUUCUGCGCGUCGAACCGCUUGUUCCUCGCCACAAGGCGCGGGCUGGAAAGUUGCGCGCUCGGGGCUGUGCCCAUGCUCGCCGAGCUCGCUGCGCCCGAUAUGCUCGCUGCGCUCGCGAGGAUGGAGCGGGUAGUGGCGAUAGAGCGGGUAGCGGUGCUGCAAGGGCACGCGUUCCGCCCGCUGCUGCAGUUCAUGAAGGACGCCCGGCGGAGGAUCAGAGGUAGGCCGUGGGGGAGCUGGGGGAGCUGGGGGAGCUGGCGCGGGUGGGAUGCGGCUGUGGUGGGGGAGCUGGGGAGGUGGCCGCAGGUUGGGGGUGCUGGAGCUGGUGGGGAUGCUGGGGAUGCGGAGGAUAAUGAGGCGUUCGAGGUCUGGCAUGCCACUCUCAAUGUCGAUAUUCGCCAGCUGUGCGGUACCACCUUCGGGAAUAAGACUGUCAUAACCGAAGAAGGCACGCUCCAGUUUCGCUGGACGAUACGGGAGUCGCCGUUUACGUCGAUGGACGGGCCGGAUGUGGAGCGGCACACGGACGAUGUUUUCCACGGCGACUGGGAGGUCGACUUUGUGCAGCGAGGGGGCCCGUCUGUCACCAGGGAUGAGGGCGAUGACGCCUGGUUCGAGCAUAUGGGAGAUAGGAGAAGGUCCGAGGAUAGUGGGUGUUGCGUGGGGGAUUAAUACGGAGAGCUAUGUCGAGGGUAAGCUGGAAUGUGGAGGGGGGAGUGUGAUGUGCGCUUUUGCUUUCGGCGGGUUUUCCUCACCAAAUCUUUAUUGAAAUUUGGAGCAGGUGCUGGGUUCGUGUUUUCCUCCUAUCAUACUGAUCUGCACGACAGUGCAGUAUCGCGAAUCUGUCACAUAUCCUUCCGUAUUGUUUUCAUCAUGCUUUAUUGGCGGCGAUUUGUUUGUUUCAUCGUGGAGCCUUUGGCCGAACUACCUAGAUCAUGGCAUAAUACAUAUUCUGAACUAUAUCCUGU